AAUCCUUGAGAAGAAAUGUAGUGAAAAUUCUAACAUCUGACUGAACAGAACACAAGUGUCAAGUGACGAAAUAAAAAUUAAAAAUUUGAUUAACUCGUGUAAAAUGCGAUUUUACAUUUUAUUCGCACUCAUUGCUGUGACUUACGUUCAUGCAGCAACAGUUCCGGAAAAGACAAAGAUUGCACUGGUGGAUGCACGACCCACUGAAGAGGAGCUUCCAUUGACAAAAGAUGCGAAGCCAAAUAAUCUGUUUGAGGUGGCUGAUGUCGGCGGAGAGCAUGCUGAAGAGAACGCACGAGUAGCGCGUGGUUUCGGCUGGGGCGGUUAUGGUCGUCGUUAUGGUGGCUGGGGUGGUUAUGGUGGUUAUGGUGGUUAUGGCGGUUAUAGAGGCUACGGCGGUUAUGGCGGUUAUGGCCGUCGUCAUGGCGGUUGGGGCGGCUAUGGUGGUUACGGCGGAUAUGGUGGUUAUGGUGGAUACGGCGGUUAUGGUGGUUAUGGAUACCGCAAGCACUAUGGACAUGGAUAUUGGGGUUAGAAAAGAAUCUGUUCAUUAGUUUAAUAUUAAAUUUGAAAAGUAUACGAUUUUUAAUAGAAUAAUUUUUGUACCCGCAAACAAAUAAAACAACGUUGU